AUGACAUCCUGGCCGCCACCUCCAGCAUGGGUUCCGACCACGGCGUACGUCCCGACAGUCGAUCCCAGAUUCAGCAUGCCGACGGGGUACCCACAACAAUUGCAACCAAGUCCGCCCUGGUUCACCCAUCCCCUCCCCGCGCAACCUGACCCAUAUCGCACGAAUGCGUCACCUGCAGCCACCGCCCACAGGUCCAUCAAAUAUCCCUCGUUGAAUCCUGCGCUAGCAGAGGACACCACGAUGCUCCGCUACGACUUGAAACAAAAGCCAUCAACGUCCAUCAUGCCGUCGAUAUACUACCAUUAUCGCGUAAUGCCCGUUAUAGCAAACUCUUGCCACCGCCUACGCAUCAUCUGCAAGGCCUUCCCUUGGCAGAUCGACAUCUCAACGCAGGGGAGCGUAACUUGCGGGGACCUGUGGGAGGCCGUGUACGCCGCGCUCCAGGAGCCGAUCGCGGAUUCGGAGUGGGGGUUCCUCAUCACGCAGGAAGGCAAGAGGGCAGCGGUCGAGAAGGCGGCGAAGAAGAGACUCGAGUUGGAGCCGAUGAGCGACAAGCGCCCAAAGCGGAUCGAUUAUUUGGGAGACAUGACACUGUUUAGAGGGCUGGAGAGGGAUGAGGAUUUCGCGAAGCUGAGGCAGCUACCUUUUGCGCCGACAUCGGAUCGCCCACCUCCUGAUAUUCUCGGUUUGGACUGUAUCUUAGGCUGUGGCGAUGUCGUGAAGAAACCCAAGCUCGACCAACACCGAUUACGGUGCCAUACCGGUUUCGAUUGCAUAGAUUGUUCAAAGACGUUCAAUACUCCGGGAGAGUAUAAGGGCCAUACAUCGUGUAUAUCAGAGGCGGAGAAAUACCAAAAAGGUCUGUAUAAGGGUCCAAAAACUGGUGCUUCCCAGUCAAACGGCCCAGCAUCCCAAUCUGUGACUCCGGCAGAGUCAACCACAUCUGCUGCUGCUGAACCAGCUUCAGCACAACGUGCAUCCAACGCUCAAUGGAAUCAUAGGCCCACGCCUCAAACCAACGGAUACCACCAGCGUGGUCAAAACAGUCAUAACGGAUGGGGGCGGAAUUAUUCUAAAUCGACGGGGGCGAACGACACACCCCUUGGAGCCUCAACGAGAAACUCGCCUGUUAACCCUCCGGCUACUCCGACGCCGAUUGUACAGACUCCAGCACCUGCAGUGGAGAAGACGAAGACAAACGGGAAGGAGAAGAAGAGAAAAAAUAUCUCGGAGGAUAAGGUGGACGCUGACGCACCGUCGAACAAAAAGGCGAAACUCGCCGUGGACCCAGCAUCUAUAUCUCUUCCCGAUUCACCUGCGCCGUCUACGACAGAAGAGAAGAAGGAGAAAAAGUCGAAGAAGGGCAAGGAGGCGAAAGAGGCGAAAGAAGGAGAGAAUGGAGAGAAGAAGAAAAAGAAGGGUAAGAAGAGCAAGGGAGAAGAAACAGCUAUAGCCGAAGUCGCCGCUCACGAUGAGGAGAGCAAGAAGGACAAGAAGAAGAGCAAAAAGUCGAAAGAUGUCGAAGAGGCUGCUGGGCCUGCGUCCUUGCAUUCCAGUGGUGGAGAGGUUAACGGCUCAGAGGAGAAGGAGAAGAAAAAGCGGAAAAAAGACGGAGACGGCGAGAAGAAGAAAAAGAAGGACAAGGACGAGUUAGCACCGGCGUUGGACACGAUGGAGGUGGAUUCGACGCCCGCUGGGGUCGAGAAGAGGAAAAAGAAGAAGGACCAAAAGGACAGAUCGGCGCCUGCGGCUGAGGCGAUGGACGUCGAUGUCGAUCCAACGACGACCGUCGGGUUGAAGGAGAAGAAGAAAAAGGAGAAGAUUCCCUCCGACGGCAUAGAGGUCAACUCUACCCCUGCUGACGAACCCAAGGAGAAGGACAAGAAAGAGAAGAAGCAAAAGAAGGACAAAAAGCAGAAGGAUAUCGCGAUCUCAUGA